AUGCGAUCCAAGUUCAAGGACGAGCAUCCGUUCGAAAAGCGCAAGGCAGAAGCAGAACGCAUUCGCCAAAAAUAUGCAGACCGCAUUCCAGUCAUUUGCGAAAAGGUAGAGAAAUCAGACAUUGCGACUAUCGACAAAAAGAAGUAUCUGGUCCCAUCCGACCUUACUGUCGGUCAGUUCGUAUAUGUCAUCCGCAAACGCAUCAAGCUCUCUCCAGAAAAAGCCAUUUUCAUCUUCGUCGAUGAGGUUCUCCCGCCUACUGCAGCUCUAAUGAGCUCGAUCUAUGAAGAACACAAAGAUGAAGACGGGUUUUUGUACAUCACAUAUUCUGGGGAGAAUACCUUUGGUGGCGCUGCCUAA